GAUAAAACCAUUUGCUCUAUUCAUUUGUCUGAAUGUGGUUUUAUUGAUUUCCAGACAUGUUUUUCCGAUUUUUCAUUUUAUGGGCAAUAUUGCAAAAUGUGCGGUCUACCAAAGUUAAAUUGUCAACUGGAACAAUUGAAGGGAGAACCCUCACCGCUUCUUAUUCUCCACUCGGAAAUCAGACCGGAAUUGUGUUUUUCGGUGUUCCAUAUGUUGAACCUCCAGUUGGAAAUCUGAGAUUCCGUAAGCCGCGUCCACCAAAACCCUGGGACGGAGUUUUGGAGGCGAAGGAGUAUAAAGCGGCUUGUAUGAGUGAUCAGAAAAAAACCUACAAAAAUGGUGUUGGAGGGCCUGUAUCAGAAGACUGUCUUUAUGCCAAUGUGUUCACAAACCAAUAUUGUUUGGAGCAUAAAAACUGCUCAGUAAUGUUAACCAUACAUGGUGGACGAUUCGUCAUAGAAUCAGCCUCAGCGUAUGAUCCUGAAAUUAUAAUUAAUAAUUUUGUGGGUCAAGGCAGAAAUAUUGUUGUAGUUACUUUCAACUAUCGUCUAGGAUUAUUUGGACUGGGAAUGCUCAAUGGAGAUAAUCAAGAUACAAAUUUUGGAUUAUACGAUAUAUUGGAAGUUGUGAGAUGGACUCGAAAAGAAAUCAAAAAUUUCGGAGGUGACAAGGAUAGAAUAACGAUGCAGGGGCAUUCUGCAGGAGCAGUUUUUACUGCCGCGUUCUCUACAUCUCCGCUGUCAAAAGGUCUUAUUCACCAACAAAUUAUAAUGAGUGCAUCGAUGUCUAAUCUUUCGAAAAAAUCAAAUGUGAAAGAGCUGACAGUAGUUGCCAGAAUAGUUGGAUGCCUUCCAGAUGAACAUGGAUUUCCAAAAUUAUCGAACGUAGAAGUUGAAAAAGCCUAUACCUGCCUUCGUUCAAAAUCUGCUCAACAAAUUCUUGAUGCUCAGCUGUAUAUGCUCCGUAACACUACAUACUACAUAGGACAGGGUCAUAUAGAUGGGAUAUAUCAAGUUGAUUAUCCUGAUAAUCUAUAUGCAACAAAUUCAAUUUACCCGAUUAAUACUAUGAUUGGAACUACAACUGCUGAAUUGAUGGAUUCAAGAUACAUUGUUGAUCCAAAAAAUACUGGCAAAAAAGAAAUACUACUUCAAAAUCUAUGCGAGCAUAUUGGUUAUGAACUCUACAAAGAGCCUGAAGAGUUUUCACAAAAAUGUCGCAACUUUUACAAAAAUGGAGAGGAUGCGAAAUCAUUGGGGGAUGAUAUGGAAUUUUAUUACGGAGCUAUUCAACUGGCGAAUGUACAUUCCAGCAAAGAUACAAACGUUUUUGUGUACAGCUUUGACUACAAGGAAGCUGGGAAUGCGUACAAGAAAUAUGACAAAUCUCUUUCACCCAAACACGGCGAAGACUUCGCCUAUGCUUUUGGUACCAAUCGCGGAAAUUUCUCGACAAAGGAUUAUGUUAUCGAGUAUAUUUAUAGUGGAAUGUUUGCUGAUUUUGUGAACUUUGGUGAUCCUUCACCUUUGGAGGAUCAGGAAUGGGCGCAGUAUACCCCGGAAAAACGAGAAUAUUUUUUGAUCGAUUUUGAUAAGAACUUUACAAUGCCUGGAAUGAAAGAUCACUAUUACCCAAAGGCUUUGGAGUUUUGGAGUACAUGUGGAAGCAAGUCUUUCAAGGAACACUUUUCUCCGUCAGUCGAUAUAUUUAUAAUCGGAAAUCUCUUGAAUCCAAUUAUGUCUCAUUUGAAUCAUAAUGAAACUGGCCCCGAUAAGACUUUUGAGCAAUUUGAUAAAUUGUAUAACGAACGGGAAGAGUUUUUGAAACUUCUAAAAGCUGUAAGGAAAUUGGAAAUUCAAAAGAAAAUGUGGAGAGGUCGAAGUUCCAAAGAUUUAAUGCUGAAAGAGCUUGUGGAUUUGGAGAAAAUAAACGAAGAAGAGCAAGAAACUGGAGCUAAUUUCCUUCUCAUAAUAUUUGGUGGAACUCUUCUCGGUGGUAUUCUCUACGUCUCCAUUUCUCAUUUCUGCCUCCAUCAUCGUUCUCGUGAUGGAUAUCAGCUCUUGAAAUAAUUAUUCAAACUUAUGUGUUUGUCUGUAUUAUGAUUUUUAUGUCUAAAUAAAUGUUCUCUUACAA